AAUAAAAUAACUUUCUGCAAGAAUCAACAAGACCUUGGAAAGUGACCGAAUGUGAUAGAAAACAUUGAAGACGUGAAAAAAAUCUUUAGUGUAAAUUUGACAAGGUGGCCGCAAGCUUUUCCGGUUUCAAAUAACCUUCGCUUUCGUACAGCAAAUAGCGAGGGAUUGUCAGAGAUGUGGAGUCUUGUGUUGCUCGCUGGCCUCUUGACACAUUGCUUCACAAGUGAUGGGAAGUCCACCUUGUUGGAGGCACAUUAUCCUUACUUUCAUGAUGCGCAUAAUGGGAGCAUCAAGAAUCUUCCUAGGACUCAUGGCCUGGAAGUCAGCCCUCCAGCAGCGGGAAUGCCAGGCGUCGGGCGCUUCGGCAUCGUGGGCCCCGGGGAGGUGGGGAAGGUGGGCGACGUCACCAACGGCACCGGGUUCACCGGCAUCGUCGACGGCGGCGUUGGCGUGGCCGGCGCUGUAAAGGGAGGCGUCGGCGUCUCCGGCCUCGUCACUGGCGGCGGAGUUGCAGUGGUUGGCUCCAUCCUCGGUGGAGUUGGUGUCUCUGGCAUGGUUGCCAAUGGCACGGGAGUGGCAGGAGAUGUAAGAGGUGGCAUCGGCGUGGAUGGCUUAGUGUGGUCCAAUAGCACAGGUGUGCACGGUGAGGUCAGCAGUGGCAUUGGUGUAUCUGGUGCCAUCGAAAAUGGCACAGGUGUUUAUGGAAAAGUAAGCGGAGGCACAGGUGUCUAUGGCAUUAUCAAGAAUGCAGUUGGUGUAAGAGGAAAUGUAAGAGGUGGUGUGGGGCUGGUUGGAACCCUUAAAGAUGGAGUCGGGGUAUUAGGAUCCAUCAGCAAUGGCACUGGGGUGCUUGGGGUAGUGAAAGGGGGGAAAGGAGUUCUUGGGAAUAUAAGGAAUGGCACUGGCAUUAGGGGCAUUGUCGAAAAUGGAACAGGUGUUGUGGGGUACGUCAUAGGAGGCACGGGCCUGAACGGGACGGUAGAGAAUGGCACUGGGGUAUUUGGCAUGAUCUCGGGCGGAACCGGGGUGGCCGGGGCUGUCCUAGACGGCACGGGGGUGAAUGGAACCAUCCUGAGUGGCACAGGCGUGAACGGGAGUGUGAGCGGAGGCACGGGCGUCGCGGGGAUCAUCGGCAGAGGCACCGGCGUGUCUGGCGUGGUCAACGGAGGCGUGGGAUUGAGAGGGUUCGUCGUACCAGACACCUAUCUGGCUCGCCUGCUUGGGGAAACGCCGGCCGCUGGAACUGUUGGCGAUGAAUCUCUAUACAUUGGUGGGGAAUCUCCAGUGGUUGUUGGUGAAACAGCAGGUACUGGUGGUGAAUCAAAAGAUAUUGGUGGUGAUGGUGAUAUAACUUCAGAUAUAGGAGGUAAAUCUCAAUUUGUCAGUGAUGUUAGAAAUAAAUCUCCGCUUCUUGAGGUGCAGUCACCAUUUGUUGGGGAUGUAGCACCAAUUUCUAAAGGUGAAUCACCAAUACCUGGGGAUGAAUUUCCUUUAGUUGGGGGAGAAUCACCAAUACCUGGGAAUGAAUUUCCUUUAGUUGGGGGAGAAUCACCAAUUGCUGGAGAAUAUUCACCAACAUCUGGAGAUGAAACACUAAUUGCUGGAGAUGAAUCACCAAUUCCUGAGGAUGAAUCACUACUUGAUAGAUAUGAAGCACUAAUCCCUAGUUAUAAAUCAUCACUCGUUGGGAAAGAAUCACCAAUUGCUGGACAUGAAUCACAAAUAUCUGGGGAUAAAACACUAAGGGAUGAAUUACCAGUACCUAUGGAUGUAGAUGCAAUACCUACGGGUGAACCUAUGAAUGUAGAUGCAAUACCUACGGGUGAACCUAUGAAUGUAGAUGCAAUACCUACGGGUGAACCUAUGGAAAUAGCACAUAGGGAUACAGCACCAAGUGCUUUUGAUGAAGCACCAAUUCUAGGCGAUGAAUCACUCUUUGUUAGGGAUGAAGUACCGAUUGCUGGAGAUGAACCACCAAUUUCAGGAGAUAAAUCACCGCCUGCUAAGGGUGAAGCCACGGUUACUGGAGAUGAAUCAUUUGCUGGGGGUGAAUCUCUAAUUCCUGAAGAUGAAUGGCCAGUUCCUGGAGAUGAGUCACCAUUUGUUGGGGAUGAAUCACCAGUUCCUGGGGGCGAGCCACCAACUGCUAGGGAUGAAUCGCCACUUGUUGGAGGAGAAGAAUCGUUUGUUGAGGAGGGAGCUGAGGUCGAGGCCCCCGAUGGCGGAGGCAGUGCGGCACUUGACGGGAGGCCGGCCGCUGAUGAAGCUCCGGCCGCACCCUCGGAGACGCCUGCUGUGCCCCUUCCGGUCUUCGGCGAGGCGCCCGCUGUGGGCGGCGAUUCCGUUGUUGAUGAAGCCGCUUACGGAGGCGAGGAUAAAGGUCAGGUCGACUUCCAUGAACGCAGUCCAGCUGACCUGUUUCAACAUGACUCUUCAACGAAAAGCAGAGAGGAUAUGUUAUCAGAUGAAAAACGUCUUUGAUAUGUGUUUAUACAACAUUUUCUGAACAUGAGUGUGUUUUUGUAUACGAC